UCAUUUUAGAUAAUCGUAAUUAUGUAGUUUGUUUUGUGUAUUAAUGACUAAAUUUUUAGUAGCAUGGUAAAUUUUUUUAACAAGUGCCAAACAAGAUAUUCUUCGAAAUGCAAGUUUUUAAUAUUUAGUGGUAUCGAUAUUGCUCAAGUUUUUGUAAUAUUUUUUUACAUUUAUUUUGGUUAUCUAAUCCUAAAAUACAUUUUCUUUCUCUUCAAACUAUUUUGCCAACUUACAAAAGCGUGUUGUCCAGAUAGUAGAGGCCACGAGCCAGAUCUUGUGAAGAUCCACAACGUCGACAGGAUCCACCUCGACUUCAAUGUCAGACCGUCUCACAAGACUCGGGCUUCACUUUGAUGACCUCAACAAAUUGAGCAUUGUCGACCCGGAUGUGGCAGCGAAGAGUCAGGAGCUGCGCGAAGAGAGCACGGAGUUUCUUGAUAACAUAACCAGGUUCCAGGAGGUGGUGGAUGGUUUCAUCUCUGUUGUGGACUCCCUGGCACAAGAGGUGGAGAAGGAGAAGAUGAAGGCUGUCGGAACACGGAACCUGAUCCAGUCCAUGGCUAAACAACGGGAAGCCAAGGAGCAGCAAUACCACGCCCUCAUCAUAGAGAAAUCCACAGAGCUGGAACGACUGCGGAUCCAACAUCAGGCGCUGCUGCGGACAGAGGCAGAACAACAGGAUAUUAUCGAUCAGAUGGUCCUUCGUUGAUGCAAAUAUACUAUAUUUGUCACAGA